AUGAAACACGAAGAUCUCGACAAAUGGGCAGUUCCUCACGACCAGCUUCCUCGCAGACUGUUCUUCGUUCGACAUGAAUACUCCCAGUGCGGUUCUGAAGACGAGUGGAACUCUGACAUGGAAGGCGACGGCCCUGCCAGCGAACUGGGCAUGAUGGGCGGACUUACAGCUGCGUGCCCAAAGGCUAUAAUCUGUUGUCUUCACGAGAUAACCAACAUCGUCGACCUCUAUCGUAAGAUGAAGAGACACCUCAAAUGGACCAGCAGUCGCCCUUCUUGCUUUGUCUCCACGUUCGGAAACUUCCACGAUGCUGUUCUCUGGGGUGGGCAACUCCCUGGCAUCGUCAGGAUCUACAGCAUUGACACUACAAAGCUUCCUCCGAUAGCCUUCGUACAUGUAUUCCGCCCUUCCGACUUCAACAUGUUCUGGCGCAAGGACGAGUACUUGUUCCUCCACCAAAUUCCGGAGCGUGGUAUUGAAUGCUUCGUUGUCCUUCCGGAUUACUUGAAGACAACGCGUGAGUACUGA